AGAGCUUUAGGGAAAAAAAGAAAAGAGGCUGAGUUUGAGGAGGAGAAAUGUGAGGAGUAAAAUCACAAUGUGCAAUUACAUUUUUUGAAAAAUCUAUAUUUUUAAUAACUAUACAAUUGGUUGGGCAAUAGAAACAUGGUUUUCAAACAGCAGCUUGUUUUCAUUUAUCUCUGCCUAACAGGAUGCUGUUACUACAUUUACAGCUAGGGUAACUGAGCUCUGUUUCCUGACUUUCUUUUUUUUCACCAAGAUAAUUAGUGUGUGUGUGUGUGUGUGUGUGUGUGUGUGUUACGGAGAGAGAGUGAGAGACAGUUCAUGGAAUGCUGUGAUGUCAUCAGCUCAGUCAUACACAAAGGCAAGGAGGAGGACACACAAGCACACUCGCUCGAAUAGUUACUCUGCUGUGGAGCAUCUGCACCCCCACUAGUCUCCCAGUGAUGGCUGCCUGACGAGGGCUGACGACGAAUGACGUGUGAGUGUCGAGGGAGGAGGAAGUGUCAGCUCAGAGGACGACAGAGGAAGCAGUCUUCAGCUUGUGUGUGUGUGUGUGUGUGUGUGUUUGUGACAGACGAGCCCCGAUCUUCUUCUUCUCCUCAUGAGGCUCGUUUAGAAACCAACUCAUCUUCAGGAAACUGUUGGCUUAAGGAGUCAGGACAGUACCCCUCCACCUCCAGCCCACCACCGCCGCCACCAUGCUGCAGCAGAUCUUAAAGGACAUGUACAUUGACCCAGAUGUGUUGGAGGCCCUAAAUGAGGACCAGAAAAAGACCCUGUUCCUGAAGAUGAGAGAGGAGCAGGUGCGGCGCUGGACAGAACGUGAGGAGAAAGAAGCGGACCAUAGGCCAAAGUCAAAGACAGCCAACAGUAAGAAAGUGAGCUGGUUGCUGGGCAGGGACGGCGAUGUGGCGGUCAUGACGAUUGGAGAGGUGGAUGAGCUGAAGACCUCCAAACUCAUCUGCACUGGGCCUGCGGAAAGAAGAGCACCACCAAGCCUGCACAAUAACACACUCCACCAGACAACUUCCCUGAAGAGCAACCUGGUAAACAGACCAGCCUCAGAACCUGUCAGAACUCGGAGAGAGGAUCUGCCUCCCAAAACACAGUCAGGGAUACAACUCAAUUUAAAGGAGAACAGUGAGGAAGUGAAGACAUUGCCCCCUCUACAGGGGGCAGUGAGAGAGCAGCAGCCACCUGCAGCAGUGGAAAAACAGGCUGAGUUGGAGCAGGAUGUAGAAGUAGGUGGUCCACAGGAAAAUCCAGUCCUCCUGUCCUACAGACCUCACCCCAGAGCUGGCCCUUCCAACCUGAGGCUGGGUACCACACUGUCCUCUAUCCCCAAGACCAUCACACCGUCCUCUGUACCAAGCUCCACUCCAUCCCCUGUCCCCACUGACACACCGUCUCAUGUCCCCAAGACCAUAACCCCUGUCCCUACCAUCACACCGUUUUCUGUCCCCAAAACCAUCACACCGCCUGCUUUCCCUAGCAUCAUAACACCAUCCCCUGUAACCAACAGUGUCAUACCAUCUCCUGUCCCCAGCAGCAGUGUCACACCGUCUCCUGUCCCCAGCAGCAGUGUCAUACCAUCUCCUGUCCCCAGCAGCAGUGUCACACCAUCUCCUGUCCCCAGCAGCAGUGUCAUACCGUCUCCUAUCCCCAGCAGUAAUGCCAUCAGAGCUGCUCUAGAAAAGAGCACUGCCAAAUCACACGCUUCAGAGAAGACCGUCACACUGUCCCCUGUCCCUAGUUCCAUCACACUGUCCCCUGUCCCUAGCCCCAUCACACUGUCCCCUGUCCCUAGCCCCAUCACACUGUCCUCUGUCCCAAGCAGUGUCAAAACAUCUCCUGUCCCCAGUGUCUCACCCUCCCCUGUCCCCAGUACCACUUGGUCCCCUGUCCCCAGUACCACUCGGUCCCCUGUCCCCAGUACCACUCGGUCCCCUGUCCCCAGUACCACUCGGUCCCCUGUCCCCAGUACCACUCGGUCCCCUGUCCCCAGUACCACUCGGUCCCCUGUCCCCAGUACCACUCGGUCCCCUGUCCCUAGCAUCUAUACACCAUCCCCUUUCCACAGGACCGUCACUCCAUCCCCUGUGGCUAGCAGCACGGCCAUAAGAGAGGCUCUAAAGAAGAGCACCACCAAAACACAUGCUCCAGAGAAGAACACUGUCGCACCGCUGUCCGCUUCAACCAGACUCCACCCCCAGGAGACGCCCAGCAGCAGAGAUAUCCGUGUGAUGGCAGCCUCUCGUAGGACCAUGUCUGAGGAUGUGGUGUCUGAUGGGGGCGGGGACACCUGUACAGGGCGUGGCCGGGUGGCUCAGCUCAUGAAGACCUUCAGUGUGACAUGCCCCACCCCCUCCACACAGACCCCUCUCCCCCACGGCAACAAGCCCUCCAUCCCCACCAAACCCAGCCACCUGCGUCUCGUUGCCAGCCCCUCACUCAGGUAAUCCACAGGACAGGACCAGACAACCAGGCCCACCCCCUGUCCCCCAUUCCAUCCCCACCCAGGCCCCACUGGACAUUGCUGGACAUCCAGCCUGGGGCCUCAGCCACUGGGGACAGGCAUGCAGGCCACAUGAGUCUCUCAGGAACACAACCAAACGUUUGACUCGAUUGCUAUUACUCCAAAAGCAAUGCAAUGGUAUAGAGAUUUUAAAAUGUUUACUUUUGUUUACUUUUUAAAAAUGUUUACCAUGUUUUAUUUUAAAUUGUACAGUACUGUAAAUUCUCUCUGUGGGAAAGGCAAACCAAUAGCGUUGAUCGUAAACAGCAUCUUCCUUUGUAUCCUGCUUUUGCCUUUUUAUAUUCACAAAGGUAUUGGGUGGUUCCACUAAUUAGAUGCCUUUUGAGUAGUGUAACUACAUUUUAGAAUUAUAUGUCACCUCAUUUUAACAUUCGGUCAAUGUUCAACUUAAUAAAAAACAUGUUUUCCCAUCUCAAGAGGUAAAAGAAAAUGACUAUAGUAAGGCCUAUUAAGUGCUGAAUAAAGUAACAGGGUUGACGACUUCAUCUUAAAUCAGCCAUAACUCCCCUUGUGACAGAGGAAUGGAAGCUGUUUGUGUGCAACAGGGACGGCCAAUUGAAUGCAAGCUUCACAAUUUUAUAUUUUUUGUUGCCGUCCAAUGCAGCUGUUUUUAAUCUCAAUAUCAAAUCAUUUCUGGGUAACAGUGAAGUACCUUAAUGUGAUAUAUUUCAAUUGAAAUGGUCAACAAGGAAACAAAAAUAGCUUCUUAGCAAAGAACAAUUUCUCAAGCAAGAAUUUUGCUAGGACUGUCUGGGAGUGGUCUGAGUAGGCUGGGGAGAAUGUAAACCUAGCCGCAGAGAGGUUUGGAACUCUCUUUCUUAUUGGUCUAUUAACAAAUUUACCGGUGAUGUCACCAGGCAGGCCAGAACGCCAUUCCACCAAAACAGGCAGACAUUUUAGGUGUUUUUUUUUUUUCUUCAAACAUUUCUUAUACUAAAAUGGCACUUAUCAUCUUUUUCACGGUUUCACAGUAUUAUUCCAUCCUCAAAGUGUGGAAAUAUAAAUAACAUCACGUUUUGGACUGCACCAGGCCUCUAAAAUAUUUAGAGCCUGUCUGUCUAUAGGUAACAGGGUUGAUGCUCGACCUGCUCAGUUCUCCACCACAAAACACCAGAAAAUGGCCAAUGACCAUUAGAUUUUCAAAGUUUCUAAAACAAUUUUUUUUUUUAAAGAAUAGUUUUAGCAUAUUAAAAUGAGAUUUCAGUUCAUGUAACAGACUUGACCUUAAAAUGGACAGGUUUUCUUGACCUUUUAAAAUGAAUAACUAAUCACAUGAAAUAAAUAAUAAUCUUUAGAAAUGACUUUAUCAAAGCAACAAAAUAACUAGGGCUUAGGGUUACGUGGGUUAAAGUCUAGAAGUUACAAUCAAAGCAAGCAAUGCAGAUGUAGAAGCACAGUGGCUAGAGGGUGCAUAGAGAGACAUGUCAAAAUGCAGAAUGCAGAGAGCAAUUUAGCAAGUCUUUUAUUCAUAUUGGAUUUAUUGACUUUUCCAUGUGGUCUAUAUUAAAAGGCACAUCAUUUAAUAUAACCGGCUUUUAAAGUUCAUUAUUUGUGCACAAUUCCUUAAAAUAUCCCUUAUUUCAUGGAACAACCCUAUCAUUGACCAUAUCAUACCAUGUAUUCAUUCACCUGUUGAUAUUGUUUCUGAAAUAUUAUCAUGUACAAAUCCUACUUCAUUGAUACACUUAUCAUACAAUACAUUCACAAAGCCUGUACAAUGCUAUCAAGGUCAUAACCUGUACUUGUGAUCCCCAAAAGGUAUGACAAAUGUAAACUUGAAUGACAUAGUACAUGCAGUAAUAUUUGUUUCUUCGUUAUGAGGUGUUGGCUACUAUAUAGAGAGAAACUGUGCUCAUGUUGACAGGGCCAAAUAGCUCAUACAUAGCUGUCAUGACCAAGGAGAUGGGUGGAUUACAGUAUGGACAGACCGGUAGAACAGGAUCAGUGAGGUGGUUCCUCCUUGAUCCCUGGGAAGAGCCCUCUCCGCUCGUUUACUGCCACUUCUCCCAUGACUUUAACCUGGCCAAAGCAGCACGGUGUGCGACUUACCUACCUGAGAUGGAACAAUGACUGUGUCAAAUGCCUCCUCUCUGUGUCCCAGUGGACCAAACACUGGCAAGCCACACGGGCCAUGCCAAAUAAUACUCCUCAGUUCUGGCAAGCCACACGGUCCAUGCCAAAUAAUAAUCCUCAGAUCUUUGUUAUUAUUCUCUCAGUUUUCUGAUUGGUUGCACUCUUUGUUGUUUUUUUACUGUGUUUAUGGGGAUGAUCUAUGUUGUCUUGUGUGAUGAGUGUUGUCCUACAUGGUGUGUGCUGCACUUUGUGUGUGAUCUCAGGCCUGUGUGGCACAAUCACAGCAGAACAAUAAAAUCAUUUGACUCAUC